AUGGCGGCUCCUGUUCUGCGUGGUCUCGAAAGUAAGCCGAAGCUGAACGGACGGACUGUCAAGUUGGUGGAGUAUCACCAGGAUCGAGGCCGAUGGGAAGUUGAGCUUGACGGAGAAUUGCCCCCGACUGAAUUGUUCCAGAUCAACUGGAAUGACGACUGGUGGGAGCCCUGCGACGGCGAGAGUGAGUCUUUCAAGACCCUGUGCGGCCAAAAAGGACCGACCCCGACCUUCAAAGAAGAGCUGGAUGGAAAGCUGCGGAAGCUGAAACUUUUGGAGUCAACGGCAAAAAUCUCGGCCGUAGACUGCAACGGCAGGAACGUUUGCGUCUUCAAUUCUGAUGGAAGCGUCCUGCAAGAGCUGCAGAAGAAACACAUUCCUCGGAAAGUUGACACCCCGAAUGAAGUUUGCCAAAGGAGUUUCCCUUUGCACUUCCAAAGAAAGGCGGUGGAAGGAAAGACCUUGGCCAUCAGGCCAUCUUCCUUGAAUGUGCGAGAGGACGACACUGCAAGCAGAUUGAGACAGAAGAAGGUUGAGAUGUGCGUCGGGAUCCUUCAUCGAAAACCGGAGCUGGACGGGCAAGUUGGGUGGCUGGGACCUUUCCAAGCGCACACAAACCGCUGGGAAGUACUGCCAGAUGCACGCGGUCUUUGGGACGUCAAGGUGGAUGGCUCGGCAACGGCAGUGCAACUGUCAUCCAGUGAAAUUCGCGAUGAGGCCUCUGGUGAUGGGAUCGCAGAUCCGAUUCGUGUGGGCAUGUGGCCAAAACGUGACCAAGAACGGGCUUUGUAUGCCAAUGUAGCAUUUCGGCAGGGCCAAAUAAUCAUGGAGGAGGAGCCAGUUCUUGUCGGAAACACUGCCGAAAUAGUGAAGUUGAUGCAGCAGUCCGAGAAGCUUUCACCGGAACAACGGGAGCAGCUCAGUCAGCUGAGCCAGGGCGCAGACUUCGUGCGAAGCGGCCGUGACGGGAACGAGAAAGUCACGGAAGCGGACUUCCUGACAGUGUUCAAUGGCGACGGGAGCGAGGAUUCCAGUUUGUUGAAGUCCGUGUUCUCAUUCAUGAGGACCUUCGUCACGAAUUCUUUCUGGCACCACCGAGCCGGAGCGAGAGGGCUAUAUUUGCAGCUCGCAAGAGUGAAUCACUCAUGCAGGCCAAAUGCCGUCAUAGGCGAGCCGAAAGCUGAGUGGGAUGCAAAGAGGUUGCCGAAUGGCAUCAAGCCAGCAGACCCACUCAAGAAGGCUCUCAUUGCUAUUCGCGACAUUCAACAAGGUGAAGAAAUCACCAUCGGCUAUCUAGGCGACGAUGAACUUCUGCAGCCAUCCCACAUUCGUCGCGAGAUGCUUGAAUCCAGCUAUGGAUUCAAUUGCAUAUGUCAUCGCUGCAUCGACGAGGACGAUGAUGGACUGCUACGCACCUUUCGAUGUGCCAACUGCGGCGGCGGGAUACAUGCUGGGACACGUUCAGGCCUUGCACCAUGCAAUGCUUGUGGAUCGCCUGCCGGGGAAGCCGGGAAACUGGCAGCAGCCGAGCAAGAACAGGAACGCAUCUUUGCCGACCACUGCAAGCUGAUCUCCGAAAAACGGAAAGAUCCAAAGUGGCUGAUCGACAUGGCCAAGAUAUGCUCUGAAAUUGGGUUGGCCACUGACCACUGGUUGCUUUGCAAGGUGCAUCACAUGCAGGCAUGCUUCUUCGCCCAGGCUGGUGAGGCUUCCCGAGCUGUCGAAAGCCUGGUUGGAAUUCUCCACUUGCACGAGAAAGUGUUUGGAUCUAUCAGUCUUCAGAAGACGGAGUUGCUGGCCGACCAGCUGCUGCAGCAAGGCGAUGCUGUAAAGGCGUUCGAUGCAUAUAUCUCUGUGCUCAAGGUGCUGAAGCUGCGAUCUCCCAAUUCUCCUCCCAGCGACGAGCACUGCGAGCGCGUCCGGCAAAAGCUGCGCGCCGCUCUUGAUGGUAAGCGCAGCGACAAUGAAGAGACUCGGAGUGGUGGCUAUGCCUAG